AUGGGCGCUUGUGCUUCCACUCCGACGAGGACAAGAAAUGGAAGCAGAGGAGGACCGGCAGGAUCAGAUAUGAUCAGACGGGCGCCAAGCAGCAUAGUGAUCCACGUGGACGGUCGGAUGCAGGAGUUGAAGCUACCAAAGCAAGCCAAGCACAUAACUUCGCAAAAUCCCAAUAAUUUCCUCUGCAACUCCGAGACCAUGUCUGUCGGGACGUGCGUGCCCAACGUGCCUGAAGAGGAGGAGCUCCAACCGGGCCAAAUUUACUUCCUGUUGCCACUCUGUGAAGCCCAGAAGCCGCUCUCUCUCCCGGACCUCUGCGCUCUGGCAAUCAAGGCCGCCUCCGCAUUAGGCAAAGAUGGUGCUCGCCUAACUCCCAAGCUCAAUAUUCAUUGA